UUCUUUUGUACCCUGGCUAAUUGGUUUGUUCCUUCCACAGACUACUGACUGUCUGGAGUUCCCAGAAAACAGUGACACUACACAGGAAAACUCCUCAGACAGCAUAGACCUGUUUCUGAAAGACUCCACAUAACUCCCUUCGAUGUCCAAGGUUCCCAGUGUCAAAGUGACCUGUCCAAUUUGUCAGCAGCUGUAUCUCACAGAAUGUAUUGAAGCCCAUGCAAGCUUCUGUGGUGAAAGACCUUCUAUGGCCAUUAGCUUAGUUUCCGCUGACAAGGACACUGAUGGUACAGAGAUAUGCCCAAAACGGCGCAGACACCAAGACAUUAAAAGCAUUGCUGACAUCAUCCAAAGCAUAGCUGACAAGGUGGAUCCAGCAACAACCUUCCACAUCUGCAUUAUGAGGGACCAGAUGCUGGAAAGAGGCAUGAAACUGUGGCAACGACAAAAUAAAUCUUCCCCCAAAAACCUUCUUGCAGUUUCAUUCAUAGGAGAGGCUGGCAUUGACAGUGGUGCCCUGAGGAAGGAAUUUUUAACUGAAAUGCUGGCAGGGAUCGAGAGGAGGUUUUUUGAGGGGGGCAUUGAUGGCAAAGUACCAAAGUACUCAAUGACCGACUUUGAAAAAUACAACUUCAAGACUAUUGGAGAAAUAUUUGCUGUGAGUCUCGCACAAGGGGGACCACCACCAAACUUUUUAAUGCAGUGGUGUUACAGCUACAUAUCCACUGGUGAAUUUGACCAGGGAUCAAUAACUGAAAAGGACGUUGUGGACCUGGAGCUCAUGGAACUAAUAAAAGAGAUUGAGGCUGCUGACAGUGAACUCCUGAUGGCAUACACAGACAGGAUUUUGUCAUGUGGAUACACAGGGCCUGUGUCCAUUGAAAAAAGGAAGACAUUGUGCGCUCUUUAGUUCUACACUCUAUAGUCAGGUUACUGCCCAUGCUCCAACAAAUCUCCUCUGGAAUGAAACUGUAUGACCUCCUCACCUUAGUCCAGCAGGAAAACGACAUCUGCAGACAGCUUUUUGUUCCAGGAUCUUUUUGCAAGGUGGAUGCUGAUUUUCUUGUGCAGUCCCUAUCGCCUGUCUUUAGUGAGAUUGGCACAAUGAGACAUCAAAGACAGUCCACAGUGGUCAACUUUCUCCAAGACUUUGUACAGGCUAUAGAGGAUGAAGAAGAGGAUGAACACAACUCAGAGACCAGAGAAGAAGAUGAAGUCAACAAGGCUGAAAAACAAAACAAUGAGACACAUAUUAAUGUUGGCAAGUUCUGCCAGUGGCUCACAGGACAGUCUCAUAUUCCUUUAAGCUAUGCAGAACGUAAACAGUUUAAAAUAGUCAUGGUAUUUGACCAUGACUGUGAGGUUCGUUAUGGUGCAAAUCAUACCAUCUGCUAUCCUGUGGUUAAUGCAUGUUCCUGCUCAGUUUCAUUCCCAGUUGCACACCUGAGAACAUAUGCAGAGUUCAAAACAGUACUCUCUUAGGCCAUUGUCAAUGGCUUUGAAUUUAGCCGGUAUUAAUAAAUAGAUAAAUGGGUUAUACUUGUAUAGUGCUUUUCUACUUUCAAGGUACUCAAAGCGCUUUGACACUAUUUCCACAUUCACCCAUUCACACACUGAUGGCGGGAGCUGCCAUGCAAGGCACUAACCAGCAGCCAUCAGGAGCAAGGGUGAAGUGUCUUGCCCAAGGACACAACGGACGUGACUAGGAUGGUAGAAGGUGGGGAUUGAACCCCAGUAACCAGCAACCCUCAGAUUGCUGGCACAGCCACUCUACCAACCUCGCCACGCCGCCCCUUGAGGGGUUUAAGUUUAAGGAGGAGACCCACUGUGCAAUGAGUGGUCCAGAACAUGUCUAUAAGGCGUCAUCAAUAAAACCUACAGGAGAUGUCCUCAGGGAGGCCACAGUGACCACACUAUGUCUUUCCAUGGAGGUCUUGUCUUAAUGUGAAAUGAACGGGGGGAGCGGAAUAAAAA